CUUUCAGAUCUUUGCAGAUAUAGAUAAUUUGUUCGAAUAUUCUUUGCUCAUUCUUAGACCCCCCCCCCCCCCUUCUUGCGAGGAUUGCAGCUGAUUAACAGGCAGUCGACAUUCGGCGAAGUAGAAAGUUUGGACAUGAGUAGACUAGUAUGUGUACAAUAACAGAAGUGGGCGUGGGCAAAAAGGACGAUUAACACAGUAGCACUAUCCCAGGAAUAAUGUGCAGGCCAGGGGACCAACCCGGUGCCAUAUCGGCGUGAACGUGUAUGUUCGGAUAGCCGCAGCCUUCUUUUUAUGCUCGGCUGUGUGUCAGGGGUGCUGGAUUCUAAAGAAUAAAGUGCUUUCAAAGUAACUUCCGCAUGUUUUAUGCUACUGUGCUGGUGCUUUGUGUUAUCAAGCUUUGAUAUUAGGUGGUUUUUGAUCGCGGGAAUACAAGAGAAGAGAUUUCCUUGCUUCAGGAAAAAAAAAUGGCUGCCUUGAAAGUUCCGAAGGAUGAGCGCCAGGAACAGGUGGUAUUGGCUCGGCAGUUGGAGUCGGCUGCUACCGUUCAGCUACACGGAGCUACUGUGACAUCACUUACAUUGAAUGGAUGUGAUAGAUUAUUUUUAAGUGAGAAAGCAGUGUUUAAUAACAAGAAAGCAAUCAGGGGUGGCAUUCCAGUCAUCUUUCCUCAAUUUGGUCCAUGGGAUAAAGGAGCUCAACAUGGCUUCGCAAGGAUAACUCCGUGGGUCCUCACUGACAAACAAACAGAUCCUAAAAAGGAAGUGCUUUGUACAUUCGAGCUGGAGGAUAAUCUAGAAACAAGGAGUAUAUGGAAUCAUAAGUUCAAGGUUAAGUACACAGUUUCCCUACAGAAAAAGAAUGCUCUCUUUGACUUCAACGUGACAAAUACAGGUUUGGAAAAAUUUGAUUUUACUUGUCUUCUUCACACAUACUUCCGGGUAGAUGAUAUAGCCAAUGUAUCAAUAACAGGUCUUAAUGGAUUAGAGUAUGUAGACAAGAUACGAGGGGGUGCCACAUUCACCGAAGACAGAGAGCUGGUCACAGUUGAUGGGAAUUACGACAGAGUAUACAAGCAUACACCUAAUAAACAUGAAAUCAGGAACACCAUAGAUGGAGCAACCAUUGUCUUGGAGAAAAACAACUUUCCAGAUAUAGUGGUAUGGAAUCCAUGGGCAGAGAAGGCUAAACAGAUGAGUGACUUUGGCGAUGAUGAAUAUACCAAGAUGAUAUGUGUAGAAGCCGGCUAUGUCUCCACACCCGUUACACUACAACCUGAGCAAACAUUCUACGCGAGUCAGACCAUCGGUGUUAAAUAAUUUGCUCCAUGAGAUGGGCUUUUUUUUUAUGAAAUAGAAGGUCUUCCAUAAGCUUAAAAGGAAAUUCUUUGCAAAGCAGAGCACAGCUGAUACAUAAUUACAUUUGUGAGAUUUUUUUUUGAAAAUAGAUUGCCUACCAAAGGAUUAAAAAGCAAACUUCAACUUAUCUGCGUAGGACCUACAAGGGGUUUAAAAAAAGAAUUAAUCAAAUUUAUUCUUUAAUAAUCGCAUACUGUAGCUUGACAUCUGAGUCUGCACUUAAAUAAACACUUAUCCAGGUUAUCAUACCAAGUGGUUAUGACCCUGAGAUUCUCAGGACAUUCUACUCUCCGUACAGACUAUGACAAUAAUAAUUCUAAGCAGAAGUGUAAUUCAUAUUUUGAUACUUUAUUCAAUAUGUACAGAUAUGAGACGUGAUGGUUCUAUAAACUUGAUUCUCAUGAUUUGAAUGUUUAUGUAAUCCUUUCACAACAAUUUUGAUAAUUUUUAUACUCUUUUUCUAAUCAGUUAUUAGAACUAAAAUUAUUUUUUUACCAUUAGAAAAUUGUUGACUUUGUAUUUCACGCAAUCAAGGGUAGAUACAAUCUAUGUACAUGUAAUGUAACAGAGGAUAUUAAAGGAGUAUAUACAGUUCUAAGUUUUUACGUAAACAAUGGGUAAAUGAAAUACAUCUCACUUUUAUAAUAACAAGUGUUUAAGGAUACAUUUUUUUUAGUCGUGUGAAUACAGUGUGUUUUUACUGUACAAUGAUUUAUGUUUUAUUGCUUACACCCAUAAGCGGCGGAAGCGUCCUGUCCCCCCCUAAAUUUGAGAUAGGGGGACGGCCCCCCCCUAAAAUUUAUGUUGAUAAACUUUUAUUUUUAUUUUAUUUUUUAUGUUUUUUUUUUGCUUGUCAAUUUUGUUUCCUGCAUCCCCCCCUAGAUUCAGGUAGACCCCCCUAAAAUUAUUGUGGUCCCCCCUUAAAUUUUUGUUGAUAACCUUUUUUUUUUUUUUUUGCUUGUCCAAUUUUUUACCUGUGUCCAUCAAAAAAUUUCAGGUGGACCCUUAUUUUUGUAAUAUUGCACUUUGAAUUUUAAUGGUACAUGUAUGUGGGAAUGACAGGCAGGCCAUUUGAAUGGAACAGUUCACAAUUUCUUACAUUAUAUGAUAAAGAAUAAUAUUUUUAUUAUGAAAUAUCGGGCAAAUUAAAGAGUAGGGGCACAAUGGGAAUAUGCCUAUACUUUUUUGGUAACAAGUUGUAAAUUGUUGCUCCCAAAUUGUGAGAGUACUGCCCACUUUUCAGAAUUUACGCUUCUCACCUUUGAAUAGAGGAGGAAAAUUCUGUACUUUUGCUUUCGAAACAAAAAAAUAAAUUUUGAGCCCCCCAGCCCCUUUUAUAAAAUCUUGGAUCUGCCCCUGAUCACAGCAGCCAUUGAAUACAAAGAAAGAGUAUUGAUUUUAAAUACUAAAUCGUAAUUUUGUCUAUAAGUAGUUUUGAUUAUGUCGCAAAUCUUCUGUAAAAGAUAAUUAUAUUAUAUGAUUUAUUAUUCAGAGACUGAAUAUAUUUGGCCAUGUGGCUUUUCAUUAGCAGUACAAUCUUGUCUUUCAAACAAAUUGCAAUGGAUACAGAGAAGUUUUGAUUUGCUUUAAUUAAAAUCUGGAAAAAAUAUAUAUAUAUUUACCCAAUGUAUUGCUUCACUAACAAAUGUUAUUAUUUUUUUUUCCUGAAUGGAAAUCAUUAGAAUUUUGAAAAUUUAUCAUUAUGAAUGCAAUAAUUUGAGACAAAAGGCUGAAAUUGAAUAUUUUAUCAAAAAGAAAUCCAAGUUGAUGUUUUUAUAAUAAUCAUGUAUUCAGCAUGAAAACCAUGAUUUUAUAUCUUUAACUGUAAGCAUCAUGUGAUAUUUUUUAAUGAUGUAUUUUGCUAUCUGUAUAUUUUGUGCUUUUAAAAAUCUUGCAAAUUUAAGUUUGUGCAAUUUCAAUGUUUUUUUUAUAACACAACUUUGACCCCUGAUCCAUUCCAGUGUAAUAUCAUUACAUCAUACAAGACUGCCAUUAGGAACCCAUGGAGGUGAGAUUAUAGAUAUCAAAUCCUUACAUGGAAAUGGUAACUUGUAUGUCAUCAUUCAUAUAGGAAACCCUUGAUCCAUUUUCAGUUAUAGUUUUAUCAUUGCUCAGAAACAUUUACGAAAGGUCCCAGACACGACAAAACAACAUUUGCAACAUUUUCUAUAUAGGAUGCAGACAUAGAGAGACAAGUCUUUGCAUUUCAGUUCAUUAAACCCAUUGCAAACUGAGCCCACAUAUAUACGAGCUGGAGUGUAUGGAAUACAUGUGGUAUAGCAAAAUCAUUCAAUCUCCAUUGGGUUAACCUACAUUAUAGAGGUCAACUCUUUAAAACUAAAAUUCAAAAUCUUCACCAUAUGUUCUUUUGUUUUUUCUGCUUUUACACAAAAAAUAGUAAAUUGUACAUAUAAAUGACAAUAUACUAUUGAAUCAAUCACUGUAUAUCAUUGAAUCAAUAAAGUCUGUAGAAAUCAAAAUUUUUGAGACUUGGAAGACGUGAAUAAAAGUUUUGCAUAUUCUUCUCCCCCCCAAGAAAAAAGCUUUCGACUUUGGAAGGUCAACUUUGCAAUCUCUAUUGUACAUAUAUUUCCUGCUAUAUGAUGACUUCAAUUGUUCCUUUGCUUUAUGUUGCCAAAAUAUAUCUUCUGCUUGUGAAACAUUAUAGGCAACUUUGGACAUGAAAUUUUGCUGAACUUUGUUUUACUUUACUCUUUCUGAGCAAGUGUUUUGUUUGAAUAUACCGAUUCUGAACAAAAAAAAAUGGAUUGGUAAUUAAGAGUGCCCUCAUGUGGCUACAUACUAUAAAGCUACCAAGAUAAAUACAAAUCUGUAUUAGUUUGUUUACUGAUCUAUCCUUUUCUUCUGACCAUCUGUCAAAACUAGGAAAACAACUCACAUUUUUUUAUGCAUGAGUAGGUGUUUAAAUACUGUUAUGUGAUAAUUUUUUUUUGGUAUUUUGAUUGGGACUUUAUACCACUUGUAACUUUUUCAGAAAUAAAUAGUGAGGUAUGGAUGAGAAAAUAAAAAUGGAAAUAUGUA